AUGUCUGAUGAGGGCGAAGACCAGCCCCCCAAGCAGCACAGAACUCCCUCUGACAACACAUCUCCAAAUCCCAGCUCUCCACCUGCCCCCAGCAGCCCACUCAGCACCCGGCUGCCAUCUGCUCCCACUUCCACAGUCUAUUCCACAGCAGCUCCAAGCACCAGCCCCAGGCCUACACCUACAACCCUGAGGCCCAAGCCCUCAUUUCCAGUGACAAGUGCUCCACAGGAGUCUCCUGCAGCAGAGUCCUCUGCACCCACCACAGCCAAAACCAGCACAGUGCCAUCUCCUGCUCCUUCUCCCUCCUCAACUGUGUCCUCAACAUUGCUGAGCUCCUCACACCCUGCCUUCACCCAUGAAAAGUCAACCGUGCCGCACAUUGAGCCAACUCUGACCACGCAGAAGACCACAGCCGCAACCUCCAUCAGCAGCACCUCCAAGACCUCUGUUUCAACAGAAACCAGCCCACCAAGCAGCACAGAACUCCCUCUGACAACAACAUCUCCAAAUCCCAGCUCUCCACCUGCCCCCAGCAGCCCACUCAGCACCCGGCUGCCAUCUGCUCCCACUUCCACAGUCUAUUCCACAGCAGCUCCAAGCACCAGCCCCAGGCCUACACCUACAACCCUGAGGUCCAAGCCCUCGUCCCCCACAAGUGCUCCACAAAAGUCUCCUACAACAGAGUCCUCUGCACCCACCACAGCCAAAACCAGCACAGUGCCAUCUCCUGCUCCUUCUCCCUCCUCAACUGUGUCCUCAACAUUGCUGAGCUCCUCACAGCCUGCCUUCACCCAUAAAAAGUCAACUGAGCCACACAUUGAGCCAACUCUGACCACGCAGAAGACCACGGCUACCACCUCCAUCAGCAGCACCUCCAAGACCUCUGUCUCCACAGAGACCAGCCCACCAAGCAGCACAGAACUCCCUCUGACAACAACAUCUCCAAAUCCCAGCUCUCCACCUGCCCCCAGCAGCCCACUCAGCACCUGGCUGCCAUCUGCUCCCACUUCCACAGUCUAUUCCACAGCAGUUCCAAGCACCAGCCCCAGGCCUACACCUACAACCCUGAGGCCCAAGCCCUCCUCCCCAGUGACGAGUGCUCCACAAGAGUCUCCUGCAGCAGAGUCCUCUGCACCCACCACAGCCAAAACCAGCACAGUGCCAUCUCCUGCUCCUUCUCCCUCCUCAACUGUGUCCUCGACAUUGCUGAGCUCCACACAGCCUGCCUUCACCCAUAAAAAGUCAACUGAGCCCCACACUGAGCCAACGCUGACCACACAGAAGACCACAGCUGCCACCUCCAUCAGCAGCACCUCCAAGACCUCUGUCUCCACAGAAACCAGCCCACCAAGUAGCACAGAACUCCCUCUGACAACAUCUCCAAAUCCCAGCUCUCCACCUGCCCCCAGCAGCCCACUCAGCACCCGGCUGCCAUCUGCUCCCACUUCCACAGUCUAUUCCACAGCAGCUCCAAGCACCAGCCCCAGGCCUACACCUACAACCCUGAGGCCCAAGCCCUCGUUUCCAGUGACAAGUGCUCCACAAGAGUCUCCUGCAGCAGAGUCCUCUGCACCCACCACAGCCAAAACCAGCACAGUGCCAUCUCCUGCUCCUUCUCCCUCCUCAACUGUGUCCUCAACGUGGUUGAGCUCCUCACAGCCUGCAGCCAUCACACAUAAAAAGUCAACCGUGCCACACAUUGAGCCAACUCUGACCACACAGAAGACCAUGGCUGCCACCUCCAUCAGCAGCACCUCCAAGACCUCUGUCUCCACAGAGACCAGCCCACCAAGCAGCACAGAACUCCCUCUGACAACAGCAUCUCCAAAUCCCAGCUCUCCGCCUGCCCCCAGCAGCCCACUCAGCACCCGGCUGCCAUCUACUGCCUCAUCUACAUUCUCUUCUUUGUCUGCAACCGUCAGCACAAUGCCUACACCUACACCCCUCACUACUUCCACAGUUAGGUCUGCUGAGAGUACUCCAUAUUCUUCUUUCCAAAACACCACAUUGCCUCCAUAUGGCAAAACAUCUUCCUUAGCCGUUCCUACCAGUAUCUCUGCCAAAUCCACUCCAGUGUUGGUCCCGACUGGUUUAUCUACAGCAAUGACAUUUGCUCCCCUUGUGAUCACUACUGCUUCUACAGAGUCGGCUGAAAGCAGCACCUUGCGAACAACAACAUUAACCACUGCCCGCACGACAUCAUCUCCUUCUUUCACCUCUAGACUUUCAACGUCCUUGUCUUCUAUUGUGCCAUCGACAGUUCCACAUGAUCCUUGUAGAGAAGUUGAAUAUGAAGAAAAAAUAACUUACAAAGGCUGUUCUGCAAAUGUCACUUUAAGCCGAUGUGAAGGAUCAUGUCCAUCUUCAACAAAGCUGAAUGUUGAGAACAUGAUUGUCACCACAGCAUGCGGCUGCUGUCGGCCACUUCAGCUUCUUAAGAAGGAAUUCCAACUACCAUGCCAAGACCCAGAUGACCCUGGAAAAAGGCUCACUACAGACAUAACUGUAUUUAGUGGUUGUGUUUGUAACUUUGACAGUUGCAUACACUAGACUUGCAAUCAGGCUUCUGAGCAGCUGCCUGGACUGUCAGUGAACUUGACAGAUAAAUUAUUCCUGAUCAGGAGGGUGGGAUGCAGAGAGGAAAAAAAGAAUGGGCAGCGUGAAGUUCGGGAGGGAAGACCAUGUCAGAGACUGUAUGGCCUUGUUCAGGGUGAUAAUAUUUAACCAGAGGCUAAAAACUGGCCCACGCACUGUGCAGUAACAGAAAUUUGACUUUCAAAUAAAGUAGAAGGAAUUGAA